AUGGCAGCUAUCAAUCAAACCAGCUUACAGCCUGCCUCCUUCCUUCUGCUGGGCAUGGCAGGCCUGGAGGACCUGCACACCUGGCUCUCCAUCCCAUUCUGCCUGAUGUACAUCGCGGCGCUCCUUGGCAACUUCAUCCUCUUGUUUGUCAUCGUGAUGGAGCGGAGCCUCCACGAGCCAAUGUACCUCUUCCUGGCCAUGUUAGCGGUGGCAGAUCUCCUAUUAUCCUCGUCCACAGUGCCCAAAGCCCUGAGCAUAUUCUGGUCCCUUUCCAAGGAGAUGUCUUUCCACGCCUGCCUUACCCAGAUGUUCUUCACACACCUGAGCUUCACUGCAGAGUCGACCAUUCUGCUGGCCAUGGCAUUUGACCGGUACGUGGCCAUCUGCAACCCCCUGCGAUAUGCCACAGUGUUCACGCACUCGGUGAUAGCCAAGAUAGGGCUGGCUGCAAUAGCCAGGAGCUUUUGUGUGAUGUUCCCAACAAUAUUCCUCCUUCAGAGGCUGCCAUACUGCAGAUACAGCGUCAUGCCACACACCUACUGCGAGCACAUGGGCAUCGCCUGGCUGGCCUGUGCCAACAUCUCCAUUAACAUCUGGUACGGCUUUGCCACCACCCUUCUGUCUCCAGGCCUGGACCUUGUGCUCAUCGGGGUAUCGUACGUCCUCAUUCUCCAGUCUGUCUUCAGGCUCUCGUCCAAGGAUGCCCAGCUCAAAGCAGUUGGCACCUGCAGCUCUCAUGCUUGCGUUAUAUUAAUGUUCUACGCCCCAGCAUUUUUCUCGUUUUUCACUCAUCGGUUUGGCCACAACGUCCCCCACCGUGUUCACAUCCUGUUGGCCAAUAUCUGUGUGCUCCUGCCACCCAUGCUAAACCCCAUUGUCUACACUAUGAAAAACAAACUAAUUCGAGAAAAGGUGUCCCAGGUAUUCUUCAGGAUUGGGCAAGUGCGGUGA